UGUAUUGCAAAGAGAUCACAAUAGUUUGAUCUGUUGGUUUUAGUUAGUUUUUUUGGUCGAUUGUAGUUAGUGCAAUAUGGUUCCUAAGAUUUUCGCAUUUUGUCUUCUAAUCACAACAUCUUUGGCAGUUCCUGUACAAGUUAUACAUGAUUCGCCACUGUUGGUAAAUCAUGCCCCCAUAGCCCUGGCGCACGCCCCUGUAGCGGUCGCACAUGCCCCUCUGCUCAGGGCUGAGCCCUACAACCCCCAUCCACAAUACAGUUUUGAGUAUGGAGUUAAGGACCUUAGCACUGGCGAUAUAAAGGACCAACACGAGGUCAGAGACGGCGACGUAGUAAAAGGACGUUACAGUCUCGUUGAACCCGACGGCAGCAAGCGCGUUGUGGACUACACCGCCGAUCCAGUCAACGGUUUCAACGCCAUCGUCCACAGGGAGCCCAACGCGCACCCUGUUGCGGUUGCGCAUGCGCCUUUGGCCGUUGCGCAUGCACCUAUAGCUGUCGCGCAUGCUCCGCUAGCUGUAGCGCACGCUCCGAUCGCGGUUGCGCAUGCACCUGUAGCGGUCGCGCAUGCACCACUGUCCUAUGCUGUCGGAUCGAUCAGUCACGGACCAUUGUUGACCACUAAUUUGUUGCAUUAAAGAUAGAAGGUCUGGACAGGGCUUGAUAAUUUGUUUUUUUUGUAUAUAUCAACUACAUUUUUAUGUGUUUUUGUAUUUUAAACUGUCUGACAUGUUUUAAGAUAAAUAAAU